AUAGGAAACCUCCUGGGAAAAACUAAGGAUGCUGCUGGAAGAGGUGUUAUUGGGGCCAGCAGGGGGCGCUCAUUUAUAGGCUAAUAAGUGCCUGUUUAAAGUGUUACACCGUGUCAAUCAGAAAGUGACGAUAUAAUGAUACUUCAGCUUAGUUUUCAGCAAUCUUGUGUAUUUUUCAUGAAAUUAAAAAAACACGAACAUGGAACAAAGCAAUAAAAUCCAAUGUUUCAAUGAGCGAGACUGAAUCACUGAAUUAAACAAUUAGCUUCAAUACUUGGGACCGUUCUCGUGUAGUAAAACACGACACACCAAGAGAAAACUAUUGUAACGUGCUGUGUGUGUCCGGUAUAUACUGGAAUUGGAUUUGGAAAACCAAAAAUCUGCUAUCUUUUAAUGAUAUAAACCACAAGAGCACAUCUGCAAAUUUUAAGAAGGUAACAUGCAAGAUGUUAAGACCAGUAGACAUUUGCUAAAAACAAAACUAAACUAUUAACAGAGUAUAGUGCACUUCAGCUAGCGGGGUAAAACUAGCGCGCCGGAAAGUUUCGAUGCAGCGCCUACUGAUGAUGUUGAAAUCCAUCACCAGGCUCUGUGGUGAAUUGCGGAUGAGAGAGCCUGUAUUACCCCCUCCCCGCGUUUCGCGACGGUUUAUGCCCUUGUCCACCCCGUUUCUGCACGUUUUCUUCAAACAAUCCCCGUGUAGUCGGAGGGACCAACCUUUAAGAACGCAUGCACUCGAAAGUUAUUUCUACUCUCCAUAAACACUACUCACAGAGGAGUUGCGGUCGUACUGUACGGUUUUUUUGUAUGCAUAAAUAAUAAUACAAAUUACAAUACAAACGAGAGUACAUAUACACUUUCAAGACACAAACAUCGUCAGGGGUACAUACUGCAAAUUACAUUUAAAUUAUGAAAGAAAAGUUUAAACAAAUCCAAUAAAAAAAUGACGUCUUUCAUACUUUUGCAUUUUGAAAUAGUCGGCAGAUACUCCUCUACAUCCCGUUUAAAAUGCUCAAACGAGGGAUUCUCCCCCAGACCUCUUCAUCGUCCAGUAUGUGUGUAACUACUGUUCUGUCCUCUGCCUUUGCACCGACAUACAGGGCGGCACGCCUCCUGCACGUGACACGGAGCUGGCCCGUGCGUUCUGCCACGGGGCGUGUCCCGCUGUUUGUGUUUUCCUCGGCUCACACGCGCGACGCGGCCCCGGAGCGCACGGCGGGGUGACGUCACGCGGAAGGUGCCUGCGAUGCCUGCUGAAGGCGAGUGCGGGCACCGCCGGCGAUGAUGGCCGAUGCACGGAGAGCCCACUCGGCCGGCAGCGCUCCGAAGAGGGCUGCGGACAGCUGGAAGCGUCACAUCGCCCGGCAGCUCAAGCAGCGGGACCUGGCCCAGAAGAUCAUGUUCCAGGAUGUCAUCCGAUCGUACAUGGUGCUGCUGGAGAAAUUCAAGCAGAAGGAUCAGAUCACGCGACGGCUGCUGGGCUCAGCAGAGAGGUGCUUGCCGGACUCAGUUUCUAAAAACUCAUCAGAAAUGGCUGUUGUCCAGCACGAGGAUCAAGUGACAUAUCUCCAGAAGAUUGGCAGAGAGCUGGCCUAUGAGGUUGUGGAUCUCCAGAAGAGUGUAAGAAUAAAAGACUCGUCCCUGGUGGGCCAGCGAGGCAGGAUGUCGGAGCUGAAGCGACGUCUGGGAGCUGUGGAGUCGGAGUGCAGGAGCCUGAGGGCGCGAGUCGCCGAGGUGCAGGAGGGAAACCGCGCCUUGAAAAGGGAGUACGAUUCCCUGCUGGAGCAGCACCGCAGGAUGGACGAGACGUACCGCCGGGAGGAGGUGCGGGGCUCCGAGCUUCUGGAAGACCUCAUCAAGGGCAAGGAGCUGGCCGCUGAGAGCAUGAACAGCAAGAACGAGAGGAGAGUGCAAGCGAGAGCUGCCACUUUGAAAAAGGAGCUGGAGACAGCAGUAAAGAAGAAAGUCAACAUUGACAUUGGUUCUGGAAAUACGCAGCCUACGAAAAGAGGAGCUCUAAAGGAGGAAGUGGAAGAAAAAGCGGAGAAGCGACCGACCAGAUCCUUUCGAAUGAGAAAGCGAGGCAGUUCCGUCAGCAGUCUGGAAGAGGAUCUCUGUGUUCCUGUUGGAGUUUGCGUGGUAGCCAGGGUACCUGCUAAAGCACUACAUGUCUUGGAUGCUCAUGAAUUAGGAAUCAAUGCUGUAAAAUUCAGCUCCAGUUCCAAGCUGUUGGCUACAGGAGGCACCGACAGAGUCAUCAAGGUCUGGGAUAUAAAAGCAGGCAGGAUGCACAGCAGAGGAACACUAGGAGGCAGCAACGAGGGAAUAACAAGUAUAGAGUUUGACCCAACAGGGACCAAAAUUUUAGCUGCAUCAUACGACAAUUCAGCCCUUUUCUGGAAACUGGAUGAUUGUGUGCCAAAGUUGACCUUGACCGGACAUUCGCGCAAAGUGACAGCGGCUAAGUUUAAGUGUAGCCUUCGUCAGGUGGUGACGGGAAGUGCUGACAGAACAGUGAAGAUCUGGGAUCUACAUCGACCUGCCUGCAUCAGGACCAUAGAUGUUUCCUCCUACUGCAGUGAUGUGGUGUGUUCAGAGUACUUCAUCGUCAGUGGGCACUAUGACAAGAAGAUCCGCUUCUGGGACAGCAGAGCCUCAAGUUGCACGCAGGAGGUCCCCGCCCAAGGGAAGGUGACGUCUCUUGACAUCAGCCUGGACCACAGGCAGCUCCUCACCUGCUCUCGAGACGAGAGCCUCCAGGUGAUGGACCUGAGGAUGAACAACGCCAGGAUGUCCUUCAGGGCUGAUGGUUUCAAGUGUGGAUCAGACAGCACAAAGGCAAUAUUUAGUCCUGACGGAAGCUAUGUGACAGCUGGAUCUGCUGAUGGGGCAGUCUACAUCUGGAAUGUGAAUUCAGGACACCUGGAGACCUGCUUAUCUGAUAUGCAUUGCUCCUCGAUCAACGCUGUGUCCUGGUCUCUGUCAGGGGAGUUUGUUGUGAGUGUGGACAAGAGCAGGCGCGCGGUCCUCUGGAGUGACAUAUGACCAGCCGGGCUCCUGUCCCGGGCGGCGGGACUCGGGGUUUGAGAGGGAGAGCGCAGAGCACAAAAGCCCAUGGAGAAGCUGGGGGCCUCGUUGUCAUGGUAACGCAAAUACCACCAGAUCAGGCCACGGCGUUUACAAACACCAGGGAAAAAGCUGCUCCACCGCAAACUGGCAGAAACUGUGGAGUCUGACCUUCGUCUCCGGCUCAGUGUGGAGUGUUUGUUUCUGUUAAAUGCCUGGUGUUUUUGGACAUGGUGCUUUCCAUUUCUGUGCCAGUUAUUUCCUGUUUUCUAUGAUCAGUAAGAUAAGAUCACUUUAUUGGCCAUAUUCAA